ACGGCUAUUUGAUUAGAUAAUUUUUUACUAUAUGUAUAAGUGUUGCUCCUAUCGAAAGUCAGUAAGCCCGAACAGGUUUGGACGGAACAAUGGAGGUGAGGAUUACAACAAUACUUUUGCUGAACAUCAUUCUACUAGGCAACUGCAGUGCCCAAAAUUUAGAACCCUUUCAACUAAGUGAAUAUCUGAAUGGAUCAUUUCUAGAUUCUGGGUGGAAUGGAAACUGGAUUUCUGAUUCGUCGUUUAUUUUUAAAGAAAGUGGCAACAUUUACAAGGUAGAUGCUGUUGACGGCCAAAAACACUUGUUUUUGGAUAAGAAUAUUUUCACCGAUUACCCUUCGAGCACACUAACGUUUUCUAAAGAUUUCAAAUUUGUUUUAAUUAAGCACAACAUUAAACGAGUGUUCAGACGUUCCGAUACCGCCCAGUAUACAGUUUACGACAUCAACAAACAACAGUAUCAUCAUCUUCACAACAGAGAAGCCUUACAAUACGUUCUUUGGGAUCGCCAAGGAGAAGGUUUGGCCUAUGUGUAUCUUAAUAACAUCUACUAUGUAGAGACAGUCGGUGGCAUAGCAACUCCAAGACAAAUAACAAACGAUGGUAUACCUGGUGUAAUAUACAACGGCCUUCCCGAUUGGGUAUACGAAGAAGAAGUACUAUUGUCCGGUUCUGCACUUUGGUUUUCUCCAAAUGGAGAAGGUUUAGUGUUUGUUCAUUUCGAUGACAGAAAGGUGAAUGACUUCCACUAUUUUAUUUAUGGCAACUCAACCGUGCAAUAUCCAACUGUGGUCACCAUAAAGUAUCCCAAGCCAGGAAUGACCAACCCGACAGUCGCCGUCAAAUACGUAAACUUGAAAAAUAAAGAAAGCGAAGUGGAAGAUAUUUCAAGUAUAAUUCCCGUAGAUAUUGUAAGCAAAGACCAUGUUCUACAAGAUGUUAAGUGGGCUACAGACACAGAUGUUGUUGCCGUGUCGUUAAAUCGCGUACAGAAUAUUGCGGCUAUGGUUCGUUGCACACUCACUACCAAAAAAUGUAAUACAUUUUACGAGAAGAAACUCGCUCAUGGAUGGAUAGAAUUAAAGGCACCUAUUUACAAUAGUGACGGAUCAAAAUUUCUGCUACUGCUGCCUGAGCCUGAAGGAAAAGACACCUACAAACAUUUAUCUUUGGUUGAAAACCACGAUAUCUCACAACGUAAAAGACUUACAUUCGGUAAACGGGUUAUUAGCAGUGUAUACGGGUGGGACGAAGCUAGGAGUUUAGUAUAUUACGCUGGUACCAUCGAAGGUGACCAUGGUCAACAGCACGUUUACGUUGUUGAUCUCAAAACAGCCUCUGAUCGUUGCCUUACUUGCGACGUUGCCACACCAGAAGGUCCCUGCCAAUUUGCAAGCGGUUCAUUUAGUGCCAAAUUCUCCCAUUAUGCGCAAACGUGUUCCGGACCUGGACCAAAAAUUGUACAGGUCAAAAGUCUGACGUCAUCUGCGUCGUUCGUAUGGGAGGACAAUGCCGAUUUACGCAAACGCCUUUCCAAAAAAUAUAAGCCGAUUAUUAAACGGCUUCAAGUGCCUCUCUCCAACGGUUACACGGUUUACGUUCGCUUACGACUGCCGCCGACCCUAGACGAAAAAAGCGAUAAGAAGUAUCCCAUGGUCGUAAAGGUCUAUGGAGGACCAAAUUCCAACGAAAUUUCGAACGCAUACUCAGCUGGUGAAGAAAACUACUUUGUGACCAACCGUCAAUACAUCUACGCCUCCAUUGACGGAAGAGGUUCUGGAAAGAAUGGGGAUAACUUGAUGUUUGAAGUAUAUCGAAGACUGGGAACGGUUGAGAUGGAAGACCAAAUUGAGGUGACCAAAUAUUUACAUAAGCACUAUAAAUAUAUAGAUGCGAAUAGAACAGGAAUUUGGGGUUGGAGCUAUGGUGGUUUCGCAACCCUUUCGAUCUUAGCAAAGGAUACAGAAAAUGUAUUUAAAUGGGGGCUAGCUGUUGCGGCUGUAACCAGUUUUAGGCUUUACGAUACCAUUUACACCGAAAGGUAUAUGGGAUUACCGACCAAAGAUGAUAAUGAACAAGGCUACAACAAUACCGAUCUCACACGGUCGGUUGAAGCUUUCCGAAAUAAAUUAUUUUUCAUUGUUCACGGUAACGCAGACGACAAUGUUCACUACCAGCAAUCAAUGGUACUAGCAAGGGCGUUAGAGAAAGCAGAUGUUAUGUUCCUUCAACAGAGUUAUCCGGAUGAAGAUCAUUCGAUUGGAUCUGUGCGCCCUCAUCUAUACCACACCAUCGAUAGAUUUUUUGAUCGUGGUUUUCGUUCAGGAAUUAGUGGGAACAAAGCACCUAACUUGCGGAGAAGGAGGAGGACACGUUUUUGAUAAAUAUAUUGUUUUUAGGCAACUCGAUUGACAGUUGCAAUAUCUUGUGUGUUGUAUCGUAUCAUCGCAUAAUUUGUAGCGUUUUUUAAGUCAACAAUAAAGGCA